CUCCGGUGAGCGGCCAUGCCCGAGGGCCCGGAGCUGCACCUGGCCGGUCGCUACAUCAACGAAGCGUGCGGCGAGGUGGUGUUCUCGGGCGGCGUGGAGCGGUCGGCGGUGAGCAAAAACCCGGAGGUGGCUUUUUCCAGCGAGGCCUACCGUAUCUCGGCCACCUCCCGGGGCAAGGAGCUGCGGCUGACGCUGACCCCGCUGGGCCCCGGGGAACCGCAGCACCUCGUCUUUCGUUUCGGCAUGUCGGGUUCUUUCCGCCUGUGCCCGGUCGCCCAGCUCCCCCGCCAUGCCCACCUCCGGUUCCUCACCCGGGAGAGCCCCCAGCGUGCCCUCUGCUUCGUCGACGCUCGCCGCUUCGGCUCAUGGCGGCUGGGGGACGCCUGGCAGCCCGGCCGCGGGCCCUGCGUCCUCUCCGAGUACCAGGCCUUCAGGGAGAACGUGCUGAAGAACCUGGAGGACAAGGCUUUUGACAAGCCCAUCUGCGAGGCCCUCUUAAACCAGAAGUUUUUCAACGGAAUCGGGAAUUACCUCCGCGCUGAGAUCCUGUACAGGUCGAAGACCCCUCCCUUUGAAAAGGCUCGGACUGUGCUGGAGGCCCUGAAGGAUCAGGAGCAGGCGAGGAGGAAGAAGAAUCCUUCCCUGACGCCGAGCAAGAAGCUGAAGCUGAUGCGGGAGAACCCGGAUCUCCUGGAGCUGUGCCACACCGUGCCCAUGGAGGUGGUCUCUGCGGACAAAAAGCUCUUGGACCCAGAAAACUCGGAUAAUUACGCCGCUUUCAAGAACUGGCUGCAGUGUUACUUGGUGCCUGGCAUGAGCUCCCUGCGCGACCGCAACGGCAGGACCAUAUGGUUCCAGGGAGAGGCUGGCCCCAUGGCUCCCAAAGGGCAGGCGUCCCGCAAGAAGCGCUCUCGGCUGAAGGCAGAUCCCCAGGCUCCGACCCCCAAGGUCACCUCACGUGCCUCCAAACGGCACCCUAAGGCUGCAGCGAAGCCCCCAGAGCUGGCUGUGGAGGAGGAGGAGGAGGAGGAGGAGGCUGAUGGGCCGAGGAAGGGCCGUGGUCGGGGGAGGAGGAAAGCAACCACUGCCCCAGCCGUGUCCGAGCCCGAGGUGCCCGUCAAAGCCAGGAGGAGCCGCAGGACGACUGGGCGCAGGGGCAGAGGCGCAGCCCCUGCCCUGUGAGGAGGAGCCUGGGGAGAAAGGGGGCUGCUGUGUCCCCGCUCGCUGCCGCUGCGUCCUGCCAGCCUGGGAGGGAGAAGCUGGGUUUGGUGACGGGGCUGACUGCUGUCCCCAGGCAUUUUGAGGGGGGAUAAGGGCCACGGACCCUUCCCUCUGCCUAAAAGUCGAUUUCACCCCCCUCCCCGCUUCCUUUCUCUCUUCCCUUUCUGGCCCCUGCCUGCAUCAUGGAGAAGGCUGUGUUUUUAGCUGGCUAAUAAAGUAUUUUGGGUAGAAA